AUGGCUCCCAGCGAUGAGCUCGAGGCUUUACGGCAAGCCGUCGUGGCGAAACAAGAGGAGGUUACCACGCAAGGCGACACCGUGCGAGCCCUGAAAGCCGCUAAGGCCGAUCGCGCGGAGAUCGACGCGGCGAUCGAGAAGCUCAAGCACUUAAAGAUAGACCUCGAGUCGUCAACGAAAGCAUUCACGGCGAAAUCGGAGGCGGAAGGAGGAGGGAAGGGCAAGGAUGCGAGCAUCAACCGCGAGGCGUUCCGGCAGGCCGUGAACAAUGCGCUGGAGCGUCGGCUGUUUAUCAUUCCGAGCUUCAAGAUCUAUGGCGGCGUGGCAGGGCUGUUCGACUACGGCCCGCCCGGCUGCGCCGUCAAGUCGAAUGUGCUCGCAUUCUGGCGCCAGCACUUCGUGUUGGAAGAGAACAUGCUGGAGGUGGAUUGCCCGUGCGUCACGCCCGACGCUGUCCUCAGAGCGUCAGGCCACGUGGACAAGUUCACGGACCUCAUGGUGAAGGACGUGAAGACGCAGGCGUGCUACCGCGCGGACCAUCUCCUUAAAGACCACCUCGGGGAGCUCCUAGAGAAGGAGGUGACAAUGGCGCCCGAGCGGCGCGAGGAGAUCAAGCACGUGCUGGCCGUGCUGGAUGAGUACGGUGCAGAGGAGUUGGACGGGAAGCUGAAGGAGUUCGGGGUGAAGGCUCCGGAUACCAAGAAUGAUCUCUCUGCUCCAUACCCGUUCAACCUCAUGUUUUCAACUGCUAUUGGCCCCACAGGGUUGCUGCACGGCUACCUCCGUCCCGAGACAGCGCAGGGCAUAUUCGUGAACUUCAAGGAUCUGCUGUACUACAACGGUGGCAAGCUGCCCUUUGCUGCUGCUCAGAUCGGCCAGGCCUUCCGCAACGAGAUCGCCCCCAGAGCGGGUCUGCUGCGAGUGCGUGAGUUCACGCUAGCAGAGAUCGAGCACUUUGUGAGCCCCGCCGACAAGUCCCACCCGCGCUUCUCCUCGGUGGCCGACCUCUCCUUCCUGCUCUACCCGCGCGCGGAGCAGCUGGGACCCAAACAGCCCGUCACCAUGCGGCUCGGGGAUGCUGUGGAGAAGGGCAUAAUCAACAACGAGACUCUCGGGUACUUCAUCGGGCGCACGUUCCUCUUCCUGUCCCGCCUGGGCAUCGAUCCGCAGCGCCUGCGCUUCCGCCAGCACCUGCAGCACGAGAUGGCGCACUAUGCCACGGACUGCUGGGAUGCUGAGAUCGAAUGCUCGUACGGCUGGGUGGAGUGCGUUGGUCUGGCUGAUCGCUCUGCCUUCGAUCUUAAGGCGCACACGGAGAAGAGCAAGGUGGAGCUGGUGGCGUAUGAGAAGUUCCCUGAGCCACGUGAGGUGGAGGUGAUGAGCAUCGUUCCCAGCAAGAAGGACAUUGGCAAGGCCUUUAAGCGCGAUGCCAAGCUCAUUGCCGAGUCCCUCGAGGCUAUGUCAGAGGCAGAUGCACUGGCAAUGAAAGCAACGCUUGAGGCGGAUGGCAAGGUGGAGUACACGCCGUGUGGGGGCAGCCAGGCGUUCAGCCUCAGCAAGGAGAUGGUCGCCAUUAGCAAGGAGAAGAAGAAGCUGCAGGGCCAAUCCUUCACUCCAUCCGUAAUCGAGCCGUCAUUCGGCAUAGGGCGAAUCAUCUACUGCAUCUACGAGCACUGCUUUUACUCCCGCCCCUCCGCCGACGAGGCACGCACCGUGUUCCGCUUCACGCCGCUCGUGGCGCCCAUCAAGUGCACCGUCUUCCCCCUCGUGCAGCGCGGGGACCUUGAGAGGGUGGCGCAGGAGGCGAGUGCAGGGCUGACCAAGGCGGGUGUGGCAAAUAAGAUUGACACCACUGGCACGACGAUUGGGAAGAGAUACGCAAGGACGGAUGAGCUCGGGUGCCCGUUUGCAAUUACGGUGGAUGGGCAGACUCUGGAGGAUGGCACCGUGACUCUACGGGAGCGUGACAGUACAGCGCAGGUGCGCAUUCACAAGGAUGAGGUGGCAUCGGUGUUGCGCCAGCUGGCGGAUGGGCUGCUGGUUUGGACGGAUGCGCAGGGCAAGUACCCUGCUGUUGCUCAGAAGGAAGCUUGA